GAGCAGAGGGAGAAGAAGAUCGCCAUUAUCGAGAACGAGUUUGGUGAGGUGCCCAUCGACGAUGCCCUGCUGAAAACGGGGGCGGAGAAGCUGGCCUUGGCAGAGAAGAUCGUGGUCAUGGACAACGGCUGCAUGUGCUGCACCAUCCGUGGAGACCUUCUCAGUGGGU